CAGCUUACCCCUAAUGACUUUGUUUGACAAGAAUAUAGUCACCAACAAUUACUCAGCACCGUUCCUUGAUAACAAUAAGGCAAAUUGGAGGUGACAAGGAGCUCCUGGCUAGUCCUUUAGGAAUAUAAUACCAAUAUGGCCGCUAGGCAAGCGCUAGGUCGUGCAUUCCUGGCGGCGGGCGGUGUUAUGUUAUUCAUGGGCGGUGCGAGUACCUUGGUUUGCACGGCAACUAUGGGUGUGGCAAAAGCAGUGAUGGGCAAGCAGAAGGCUCGCCAACAGGUACCAUGCACUGUCUGCCGAGCAAAGAAACGAGUUGUUUGCGAGGUCUGCGAAGGCGAGCGAGUCAUCAAGUACUGGCCCACCCCGGAGCCGCCGCCCGCGCAGACGCACAGCUGGAGCGUGUGUACCAUGUGCGAGGGGGCGGGCGACCACAACUGCAUCAACUGCAUCGGGCUCGGCAGCGUCAGCCCCUACCCCUGGGAGGAGGGAGAGGAUGCCGGCGCCACUGCUGCUGUUGCCGUGCUUCCAGCUCCAUCCCCCGCGCCCCGGAGAGGGGGUGCGGGAGCGGCAGCGGUGUGAGAGGGGAUUGGCCAGGCCGCGUUGGGGCCGCUAGGAUUGAUGUGUGGUUUGUUGGGUGGUCCGGGGUAGUGUAAACCAGUGGGUGUUGGGAGAGGCUGAGAGGUACUAGGGCUGCUAUGCCCGCGAGCUGGUAUGGGUCAUGGGCCGUGCGCAGUGCGGGUAGAUGUGAAGAAUACUUAUGUAUGCCUUGCCUUUGGUAUUAUUGGCAUACCACGUUUCUGUGCUAAGUGGCAGGUUGUUGACAGGGUAUCAUGUACAUACUGUGGUGGGGCUCUGUCAAGGCAGCAGGGGCGCAGCCUAGCGUAAAAUGAAAUGCAUAAUGCACGCAACGCAUGAAACGAUUGUGAUGUCUUCGGGCGAAGAACGAACCGUGAACGUCUUCGGGCGUCGCUGCUUGCUUGUUCUGGAAAAAUAGCCAAUGCAGCACCCGUUGUGGGGAUUGCCUACCGAUAUGUGGAUGCACUUGGGUGCGUCAGU